AUGGACAGGAUACGAUUCCAGUACUCUUGGGUGAACGAUACUAAGCAGCGCUGCAUCUUCGGUUCGAUGCCUUCGAUAGCGCAGGUACUAAAUAUUGUGGUGAUGGCACGGCAAAAAACGGCCAGGAUCGAACCCGCCUCGCUCGCGCGCUCCGCUCUCCCCGGCCGCGUCGUUGAUUACGUUGUCACACUUAAACCAGACGCGGCCAUCGACCAAGCCUGGCACCGCCUUCGUCCGCUCCCUGGAGUGUCUGUCAAGUCCUGGAAUUAUACAACUCGGGCCCGUCGCAAUCCCAUUGCUAUCCAUGUCGAAACCAAGGGCCCCAUGAAGUCAUGGACCGACGGUAAACCUCAGAUCGCGACAUGGACUGAUGCCUGGCUAACACGACUCACUCGCAUUCGUCCCGCUGAGCCCUGGCCCGCUAUCCCACUCCUAAUCGCUCAAGGUCAUGACUGGCACUUAUUGAUCGUCUCUAAGAAAGACCAGAAGAUGACGAUAUGGGAGGAGAUUGCUAUUGGGAGUACAAGGUCGUGCUUUGACGCGAUGAAGGUUGUAGCGGUUCUUCACUGGCUAAUAGACUGGGCUGAGACGGUUUGGCGACCGUGGUUCUUGUCGUUAGUAGGCUGAAUCCAAUUAUUACUGC